AUGAACAGGGGAAUAACACGUUUAACAGGUAUUUUGUCUAUUUUUAUCCAAAUAUUAACCUGUUCAAGACUUGUGUGUUACUUCACAAACUGGUCUCAGUACAGAGCAGGAACUGCUAAGUACCUUCCUGAGAAUGUGGACCCAUACUUGUGUACUCAUUUGAUCUAUGCAUUUGCCAUUGUAAACUAUGCCAAUAACAUAGCAGGCAGUGAGUGGAAUGAUGUGGCCCUUUACUCGACCUUCAAUGCACUUAAGAACCGAAAUCCUCACCUAAUAACCUUGUUGUCCGUCAGAGACCAGGACUCAAAACAAUUCUCCAUUAUGCUGUCCAACUGGACAAACCGGCAGACAUUCAUCAAGUCUUCCAUAGAAUUUCUGAGGAAGUAUAACUUUGAUGGGCUGGAUUUGGACUGGGAAAACAAAGGCACUUCAGAGACGCAUCUAGAAGAAAAAAUGAAAUUCACUCUACUGUGCAAGGAACUUCUGGAGUCCUUUCUAGCUGAAGGCCAGUCAAACAAAUACGUCAGACUGAUACUAACAGCAACCGUUUCAGCACAGAAAGAAGUUAUUGAAAGGAGCUACAAUAUUCCAGAGAUUUCUAAGUAUCUGGACUUUAUUAGUGUCAAGACAUUUGAUUUUCAUACAUUUAAACAUGGCUUCGCAAGACAUCACAGCCCUUUGUACAGUGGCAUCCAAGACGAGGAGGAUAUCAACUCAAACACCGAUUCUGCACUAAAAUACUGGAGAUUCCAGGGAGCUCCUCCUGAGAAGUUGUUGAUGGGCUUUGCCACGUAUGGACGUUCCUUCAUCCUCACCUCCUCUCAGAGUGGAGUUGGAGCCCCAGCCAAUAUCUUGGCUUCUCCUGGACCUUAUACACAAGAGAUGGGCCUGUGGUCUUACUUUGAAAUAUGUCUCUUCCUAAAUGGCGGGGCAGUACAAUGGAUAGAAGACCAGAAAGUUCCUUUUUCUUUUAAAGGCAGUGAUUGGGUGGGUUUUGACAAUCUGAGGAGCUUUGAAAUUAAGAUAAAAUACUUACAGGAACAUGGCUUUGGGUGUGCAUUUGUAUGGGCUCUAGACCUGGAUGAUUUUUCUGGAUAUUUCUGUGGACAAGGCAGUUACCCUUUAGUCAACCUCCUGAAGAAAUGGUUAAUCCUUGGUAAGAUUUGCAUUAAUUGAUUUGAUUUUUAGAAUGGUUAUUUAUCUUCAGAUUCUGAUAUAUAAUUAUUGAUUUGUUACAGGAGCAAAAGAUGAAUUGAAUGGUUCUAUGACUACAAACUCCUUUGCAACAUUUGGAAAGGGCUUUUCACCACUGCCAACAUGUGUGGACAUUCUCAGCUCUCUUCCUGCAUUGAAAAGUCAGUUCUGUGCAAACAGAUCAGAUGGACUUUAUCACAGAAUGGAUUCCAACUCAUUUUAUAGCUGUACUAGAGGGAUGACAAAUAUCACCUGGUGCACCCCUGCCAUUAUAAAUA